GCACCUUCCCUCAACAACAUCCGCCAAAUCAUGGCAUCCACCGAGCAACUACGCCCAAACCAAUCUCCAACCGAAAACCACGACAAUGCCUCCACAACACCAAUCGCCCCCAGAAAACUCUUCACAACCUCUUUCACCCUCAUCCUCAUCGCGCUCAACAUCAGCAUCUUCUGCGUCGCCCUUAUGAACGUCAUCAUCCCCGUCUCCGUCCCCAAAAUCACAGACGAAUUCCACAGCCUCGACAGCAUAGGCUGGUACGCCGCCGCCUACCUCAUCCCGACCUGUGCGUUCCAACCCCACUACGGAAAACUUUACGCACGAUAUUCUGCGAAAUGGACGAUUCUGGGUGCUUUGAUGUGCUUUGAGGCUGGAAUCUUGGUUUCGGCGUUCUGUCGAAGCUCGAACGUUUUUAUUUUUGGGAGGGCGUUGGCGGGGAUGGGUGCUGCGGGGGUUUAUUCUGGGGCGCUUUAUAUUAUUGCGGUGUUGACGCCGGCGGAGAAGACGCCGGCUGUGCAGAGUAGUGUUGGCGUUGUGAUUGGGAUUGCGAGUAUUGUGGCUCCGAUGUUGGGAGGGUGGUUGGUUGAUCAGUUUAAUUGGAGAUGGUGCUUUUUCACCAUUAUUCCGGGACCGCUGAUCGCUGGUGUUAUGCUCUUGAUCUGGUUGAAGUUGCCGGCAGUGCCGCGAAGACGAAAAACGGGGUUUGAAUUGAUCAAGAUGUUCGAUCCUCUGGGAACGAUGUUCUUCCUGGUCGGCAUCUUCUGUCUGCUCCUCGCGCUGCAGUGGGCGGGCUUGAGUUAUGCAUGGUUUGACCCACGUAUUAUCAUGCUGUCCAUCAUGUUUGCAUUCUUCUUCGUCGCGUUCAUGGGCAUUCAACUUCUCACGGGCGACAAUGCAACGAUCCCAGUACGAAUACUCGGCCAACGGACGAUCGCUGCGCUGUCCUUCUUCAUCUUGUGCCUCUUCGGCCAGUUCGCCUGCGACAUGUAUUUCCUUCCGGUCUACUUCCAAGGAGUAAAACUCAUGUCGGCAACGGAGGCUGGUAUCAACAUGAUCGCGUUCAUCGCGGCUAUGGUCUGCGCCUUGAUCGCAGCAGGUGUCCUCUCUUCAAAGCUUGGCCAAUACGUGCCGUUCUUCUACACAAGCGUCUUCUUCAUGGCAAUUGGGAACGGCAUGCUUACGACUCUGAGACCCGAGACGCCUGCCAUCUGGUACAUUGCUCAUCAGAUCAGUACGGGAGCCGGAACAGGUCUCGCUUUGCAGCUGCCAGCUACUGCAGUGCAGGCAGUCCUGCCUGAGGAAGAUUUUGCAGUUGGACUUGCGACAGUGCUCUUCUUCGAGUUCCUGGGCGGAGCUGUCUUUGUUGCUGCUGGAAAUAACAUCUUUGUGAACAAGCUUCAUCGUCGGACUGGCGUCAACCUCAACGAUGACGGUGCAACAACCGUGGUCAACAGCAGUCACGACAAAGUCAGACAGAAUCUGUACAUGGAUGCGCUGAGAUGGCCAUUUCGUUUGUCGCUGAUCUUGAGCUGCCUGGCGAUUAUCGGAGUUGUGUUUCUCGAGCGUAAGAGAGUGAAGGGAAGGGGCCAACAUCGCCGCACCAAAGACGACGAGCGGAAUCAACAGGGAGCGGCAAAUGGCAUUGAACUCAAAGAGACAUCUCCAGGUUCUAGUGCGCGUGGCUCAGAUGAUUCGUCAUGCUUUGGGUGCAGCGAUAGGCCUACUUGCAUCUUGCACCAGCCUUCGGCCGAGAAUGCUUACAUUCCGGAAAGGGACACCAGGGAGACGACCAGAGUCAAGGAUUUCCAUCUUCCUCGGGUGAUCGAGUAG